CUUCAGUACUUGGUGUGGAAGCGUUAUGCCAACGAUAAGGUAAGUUAGUUUGUUAACGAUCCACAGAUGGCCUUGUUUACAUGCCAAUCCCCGGGUUAGCGUGUGAGAGAUGCGGCGGCUAGGGGGAUCAGCCACUCGUUAUGUAUAAUUUCUGGUGAAUUCCGGGGUGGAACAAUGGAACCGCUGUUGAUCUACGUUGCCUAUGUCUAGGAUAGCGUAUUUGAUUGAUUAUUAAAAUAAUUAUUUGAAAAACUGCUAUUGUUGUAACCUAUACUUUAUCGCUAGCUGUGUUAACUAACGUUAGCUCGCCAAACGUUAGCGCUGGAUAAUUGACUAGGCAAACCCAGCUACGAGCCAGUCAUGUUUGUGUAUUCGGCCAGAACCCACCUCAUUUGAUAUAUUACACUGUACACACCUAACUACGUCUAUGAUAUCGUGUAUGCAUAAGUCCCUAUUUAUAGCAUGUAGGGAAUGCAAACAAGCGUCUAGCACUGACCUGGGGGCCAGGUCAAUAUUGCAAGUCACAUAUCAAACUCCUGGCUGCCUACUGCGGUGAUCCAUGGCUUUAUGUUCAUGCCACAAAGUCCAUCACAAACCGUAGGACAGGAGCAGACAUCCGAAAUAGACCGACAAUCGCCACACCGCCCACUACGUGGAAAUAUUUUUUGGGGGAAUGCAAGGAGUCACUAUAGGUGGCUGAAUAUUCACGUUUUUCUUAUUAGGACUAGAUGGUAUGUCACGCGGCUGAUCCUGUGCCUACUGUCCUACCGCCUUGUCAGUAGGGGAAAACAUCGUCAUGUAAUCCUUUAAACCGCUGCAUUAAGCCUCUUCCCGUGCUUUGUAUCCCACACGUGUUAUCAUAUUGUUUGUCAAAUGUACAACUAGAAGAAAGGAAAGUCCCAGGGGUAAUGGGAGAUAUCUGUGCUUUCCCGAUCUUUCUGAAGCUUUGGUUGGACAAGUUUUGCUCGAUCUCUAAUCAGUGAAUCGCACAAGUGGCUGGGUAUUGGAGCAGACCUUUCUGUCUAGUGCAGAGAGACCUUGAAUUAUGGCACACUGUAGUUCCAUUGACCUGAGUUCAGACGAAUGAGCAUCACACCGUGUCCCUGACCCGUUCUUCUGUAUCAUACAACUUGUCCACAUAAAUAUCCUCAGACUCCAUUGGCAAGUUAAUUUUUUUUCGGAACCAUUUUAUAUUGCCCCCUCCUCCUUAUCCUCAAGUUCUUUGUCUCCUUUCAGAGCAUCCACCUCAACGGUUCCUCAUGAAAGACGGGGAGUGUAACUUCUUCUGCUUCUUCCGCUGCUGCUGAGCGGUGUUGGGCUAGCUUGUGGAGCCGUUCUCUCUGGGCUCUGUAGUUCCCCAGGUGGUUCCGGCGGCUCGGGAGCCAGUCCCAGAGAGUGAGGGAGUCUCUGCCGGCAAAUGUCUGUGGACAUGAACACCAAUGAGGAUGACCUCGGGGUCAACUCUGAGGAUGAUGACGGGGGGGACGACGACGACCAGGGGGACAUAGCCGACUACUAUGAAGGCGUGGCCGGAGACAUGGAGCAGCAGGGGUCCGACUCGUUCGACCCAGAGGAGUACCAGUUCACCUGCCUCGACUACAGGGAGAGUCAGAAGGUGCUCUGCGACGAGGUCAACAGUAUCGCCGCCAUCCUUAAGGUUUUACCUGCUGUAGCCAAACUGGUCCUUGUGCACUUUCACUGGCAAGUGUCACAAAUACUGGACAGAUACAAAUCAAGUUCAUCUCAGUUGCUGUCUGACGCCCAGGUCCAGCCCAGCAGCACCUGCAGAUCAGUUCCCACACCUCAGUCCCUCCAGUGUGGGGUGUGUCUGCAGCUGGUUCGGAGGGACACCCUGCUCGCGUUGCCCUGUCAGCACUCCUUCUGCAAAGGAUGCUGGGAGCAGCAUUGCACUGUACUUGUCAAAGAUGGGAUGGGAGUGGGCAUCUCCUGUAUGGCUCAGGACUGUUCCCUCCAAAUGCCAGAAGACUUUGUGCUCUCGCUGCUGUCUGGUGAGGAGCUGAAGGACAAAUAUAGACGCUACCUCUUCAGGGACUAUGUGGAGAGCCACUUCCAGUUGCAGCUGUGUCCAGGGGCAGACUGCCCCAUCGUCAUCCAAGUGCAGGAGCCACGGGCCCGCAGAGUACAGUGCAUCCACUGCAAUGAGGUCUUCUGUUUCAAAUGCCGGGCCAUGUACCACGCCCCAACAGACUGCCCGACUGUCCGAAGGUGGCUGACCAAAUGUGCUGACGAUUCCGAGACGGCCAACUACAUCAGUGCCCACACUAAAGAUUGUCCCAAGUGCAAUAUAUGCAUUGAGAAGAACGGGGGCUGCAAUCACAUGCAAUGCUCCAAGUGCAAACACGACUUCUGCUGGAUGUGUCUGGGGGACUGGAAGACCCAUGGCAGUGAGUACUAUGAGUGCAGUCGCUAUAAGGAGAACCCAGACAUCGUCAACCAGAGCCAGCAGGCACAGGCCAGAGAGGCCCUCAAGAAAUACCUUUUCUACUUUGAGAGGUGGGAGAACCACAAUAAGAGUCUCCAGCUGGAGGCUCAGACGUACCAGCGGAUCCAGGAGAAGAUUCAAGAGCGGGUGAUGAACAACCUGGGCACCUGGAUAGACUGGCAGUACAUGCAGAACGCUGCUAAGCUUCUGGCCAAGUGUCGCUACACUCUGCAGUAUACUUACCCCUACGCCUACUACAUGGAGUCUGGUCCGCGUAAAAAACUGUUUGAAUACCAGCAAGCCCAGCUGGAAGCGGAGAUUGAGAACCUGUCCUGGAAGGUGGAGCGAGCAGACAGCUACGAGAGUGGGAGCGAGGGGGAGCUGAGUGCUAAUGACAGAGGGGAUCUGGAGAAUCAGAUGCACAUUGCUGAGCAGAGGAGACGCACGCUGCUGAAGGAUUUCCAUGACACCUGAAGUCUCCAGACUACUGCGAAGCACCAGCAGCUCCCUGACUCCUUCGCUUCCUUCACUUUCCAUCCCUUUGUCUACGGCUCCACACACUCAUCCCUCCCUUGUUAAGCGCUCUUUGUGUCUGCUACAGGGUCCCAGAAUGGUGUGGCUGUAUCCCUCGUCCCAUUUAGAUGUCAGGAACGCCACAUUCAAACACACUAAACAUGAAAUGAGAGGGCAUGCGCACACACACACCGUGAACACAAACAUGCUUUAACACUCUGCCAACAAAAAGAAACCUUAAUUCUCCCACCAUCCCUCUACCUGUUUGUUCUUUUUUUUCUUCUCACAUUGUUCACCUUUUUCUGUAAAUUGAUAGUUCGUAAAAAAAAAAACUUAAAAAAAAAAAAACAUUAAAAGAAAUGCUGUAAUUUUCAA